GUCUUGCACAGUUGUACAGGCUCCUCCCCUUCAGUCUUGCACAGUUGUACCGGCUCCUCCCCUUCAGUCUUGCACAGUUGUACAGGCUCCUCCCCUUCAGUCUUGCACAGGUGUACCGGCUCCUCCCCUUCAGUCUUGCACAGGUGUACCGGCUCCUCCCCUUCAGUCUGGCGCAGGUGUACCGGCUCCUCCCCUUCAGUCUUGCACAGGUGUACCGGCUCCUCCCCUUCAGUCUUGCACAGGUGUACCGGCUCCUCCCCUUCAGUCUUGCGCAGGUGUAGCGGCUCCUCCCCUUCAGUCUUGCGCAGGUGUAGCAGCUCCUCCCCUUCAGUCUUGCACAGGUGUAGCGGCUCCUCCCCUUCAGUCUUGCACAGGUGUACCGGCUCCUCCCCAUCAGUCUUGCACAGGUUUACCGGCUCCUCCCCUUCAGUCUUACACAGGUGUAGCAGCUCCUCCCCUUCAGUCUUGCACAGGUGUACCAGCUCCUCCCCUUCAGUCUUGCACAGGUGUACCGGCUCCUCCCCUUCAGUCUUGCACAGGUGUACCGGCCCCUCCCCUUCAGUC